CUCUUUUUCAAACACACACACACACACACACACACACACACGCCAUGAAGCGUGGGUCGAGUGUGUUGCAGCCUCCCUCUGAUGUGGCCAAACGACACACACACACACACACACACCCCGCACACACACACACAGGCGCCGUGUGCGGUGAACACACGGCGGACGCGCGCGCCGAAGGUUCAAGCCCUUUCCCAGCAGCCACCUCUCUGUUCAGCCCUGAUGUCAGCACCAAGAUGGCGUCCGACCUCCUGAUCAGGCUGUCAGAGGCCACGCAGAAAGUCCAAGUGCAUCCUGGGAGCCAAGUGGAGGCAGAGCCUGAGCGGCGUGAGGCCCACCCGGAAGCACGCGGCGGUCAGCAGGACGAGCCCGGCCCCGCUCUCUCACCAGACGGCCCUGGGGCCAGUCCAGACCCGCCGCCGCUCACGCACACGGCCGACGGCAACGCGACGCCGGACACACUGGCCUCUGACCUGCUGAGGAAACUGGCGGAGCGACAGGAGGAGCACUGUCAUGGCGUCAGGGUCAAAGAAGAAGAAGAGCCGAUGGAGGUGGACGCCGUGGCGAUCUCUGACCUCAUCCACGAGCGACCGCUCGCCACAGAGAUGACCUCAUUCCCGCCCAAAAUGCAGAGCUGCCGUCUGUUCGCCAUAAAAACAGAGGAGCAGAGUCUCAGCAGCAACAGGACAACUGAGCACCUGCUCCCCCGAGCCAAAAUGGCCGACCGCUGUCUCCUUGGCCUCAAGAUGGAGGACGGUUUCUUCCCUCGAGGGCCCCACGUUGGUACCGAGGCGGCUGUCGGCGUCAACGAGUUUCACUUUAGAGUGAAAAUGGAGGCUCAGGACGGAGCCAAGAUGGCGGAGGAGCUUCUCUCCGGAGCCAAGAUGGAGGACCAGUUUCUGCUGAAGACGAAACACCUGUCAGAGCGGCCAAAGCUCGGCCACAGCAAGUGUCUCUCCGGAGUGAAGAUGGAGGAGGCGUUCCCGUCAGGAGCCAAGAUGGCCGACCGGCUCCUCCCCGGAACCAACAUGGCUGACCAGGUGUUUUCCCGAGUGAAGGCGGAGGAGCAGCUUUUCUUUGGAGCCAAAAUGGAGGAUCAGUGUCUGAGGGCGGUGCUGUGGCAGGACAUGUCGGUGAACCUGGCGUCAACGCUGCUGCACCAGCUGUCAGAGAGGGUCACUAAAUCCACCGGUCAGCUGAUGGAGAGGUCGACUCCGCCCAUCAGGAGCAGUCCUGUUUUGAAGCUGAAUGUGGACUCGCUCCGCCCUCCCACACUUGUGAACGCCCAUGAACCUGUACAAGAAACUCAAACCACCGUCAGCAGAGAUCAAACUACGGGUUAUUUCUACAGGUGUCAUGUGUGCGGGUUUGAGACGGAGGGGCGUGUCCUCUUCCAGAGUCACAUGACGGAACACCGCCAAUGGGAGCGCGGCUCCUUCUCGCUGCACUGUUGUGUGUGUGAGCACUCGACCAAUCAGGAGGCAGAGAUGAGCGUUCACGCCCACACACACGUGCAUGGAGACGCGGGCGUCAACGGAGACGCCAGCAGGGCUCCUGCAGUUGCCAUGGUAACCCAGCCAGAGACGAGCAGCUCUGAGCAUCGCUGCCGCAUCUGCCAGAGGUCGUUUCCAGGGCAACAGGAGCUGCUGGUUCACUUCCAGGGUCAUCGCCAAGGCAACCAGUACCGAUGCGACCGGUGUGGUCACCUGACGCGGACGGCCAACAAGCUGGUGGAGCACGUGCGCGUGCACACGGGCGAGCGGCCGUUCACCUGCGACCUCUGCCCUUACAGCGCCAAGAGGCGGGACAGUCUGCGUCUGCACUGCAAGGUCAAACACGCUAAUGCUAACGCCGGCGGCGGUGGAGUGGCGGACGCGCCGGGCGACGUGCACACGCACCGCUCAUACGUGCACGGAGACAAUCAGCGCUCACACAAACAUGUGCAGCGUCUGCACACGCGGCCGCACACACACACACACAUUGCUGCACCUUCAUCGUCAUCAUCAUCGUCGUCUCUCCCUCCUCUUCAUCCCUUGCUCUCUGACCGAGCAGGAUGGAGAGAUUUAUCUCCUCUCAUCCCCAUCACUACACUCAUCUCUCUGAAGCCACGCCCCCUUUCAGCCUCCUCUUCCUCCUCUUCCUCCUCUUCUUCUAAACACUCGUUUCUCUGUUACCUUGGUCUGACAACUUCUUAAUAAACUCUCCUUCCUCCCUUUCUUCCUCUCCUACCUCUCAUCUCCUCAUUUCCUGCCUUCUUCUCUACUUCUCUUUGCUUCUCCUGUUCUCUUUCCUUGUUUCCUCUCCUUGAUUCCUUUUUUCUCCUCUCCUGCUCACUCCUUGUUUCCUCCCCUCCCAUCCU